GGGGCGGUAGGAACCUGGAAGUCUGGCGGUGCGACCUCGUGUCUCGCCGCUGAGGAAGAAUCGCGGAAGAAGGGAAAGGUUCCUGACGGUUAACCAGCUAACUAAGAAAACUAUCUGUCUAACCAGCGGGUUAACCAGCUCACAGGUUGGAUAGAGACCGGGACCGAAGCAUCAAGAUGACAGCCGCACCUUACAACUACUCCUACAUCUUUAAAUACAUCAUCAUCGGUGAUAUGGGAGUAGGGAAGUCUUGUCUGCUGCACCAGUUCACAGAGAAGAAAUUCAUGGCAGACUGUCCCCACACCAUUGGCGUGGAGUUUGGGACGAGGAUCAUGGAGGUCCACGGUCAGAAGGUGAAGCUGCAGAUCUGGGACACGGCCGGUCAGGAGCGGUUCAGAGCCGUCACCAGGUCUUACUACCGAGGGGCCGCCGGCGCCCUCAUGGUCUAUGACAUCACCAGGAGAAGUACUUAUAAUCACCUGAGCAGCUGGUUGACAGACGCCAGGAACCUGACCAACCCAAACACAGUGAUCAUUCUGAUUGGUAACAAAGCCGAUCUCGAAGCUCAGAGAGACGUGACGUAUGAGGAGGCCAAACAGUUUGCCGAGGAGAACGGUUUGCUGUUUUUAGAGGCCAGCGCGAAGACUGGGGAGAACGUGGAGGAGGCCUUCCUGGAGGCAGCAAAGAGGAUCUACCAGAACAUCCAAGAUGGCAGUCUGGACCUGAACGCCGCUGAGUCAGGAGUUCAGCACAAACCCUCAGCGCCACAGGGAGGCCGCCUCAACGCCGACAGCCAGCCGGCUAAAGAGGGCUGCAGCUGCUAACCACAGACGGAAACCACAGAUCCAUCAACUGGACGGACGGACGGAGACAAAUACGUGCACAGAGAUCCCCUCUUCUCCAGGCACUAACAUCCAUCUUCUGUCCAGAGAGCAUCAGGCAAGAUUUAGCUGAAUCAUAUUUACAAUAGCCACAGUUUGGUACCCAAGUCAACAAUCCUCCACCCAGAGAAAUAUUUACCAGACUAUAAAAUCAAAUACCCUCAAACAGUUGGACAAUUUGUUGGACAUUUCCUGAAUUGAGGCCAUCGUAGACCCUAAAAUAAAUCAUUUUCUGCACACAUUGAAUCCCUCAACAUAAAUUCCUGGAUCACACUGGGUUUCCUUCCAACACACCCGAUUUGUAAGAGUCUGAACUGUCUUCAGCCCACAUCCACACACACGUGGACCAAACGUCCAAACCAAGACUGUCACUUCCCUCCACACUUCACCUCCUCCAAGUCUGGAGUUUUAGUGGCUCACUUUA